GCCCGGUAUUUCAAUCCGUGGAUGUGUCUUCCAUUGGACACAGGCAUUAUGGAGACAUGUGCAGGACCUUGGACUAGCUGCCACCUAUCGCGAGAAAAAGGCAACUCACUGGUUUAUCAAACAGUUAAUGGCCCUUCCAUUUCUGCCUUCAAAUGACAUCAACCCCACAUUUCGGGCAAUGCAAGAAAAGGUUCAACCAUCUUCUUCUCUAAAGUCCCUCACAGACUACAUGGAGAGACAGUGGAUUAGCAACGCAGUAUUCCCUAUUCCAGCCUGGUCCAUCUACAAGCAGGAGAUUCGUACCAACAACGAUACCGAAGGAUGGCACAAUCGUCUCAAUGGCAAAGCUGGGCACGGAAACAUUGGGUUCUACCGCUUGAUUCCUAUGCUGCAGAAGGAGGCUGAAAUUGUGCACGUCCAGGUUUCCGCGCAGGACCUGUCUCGUGAUGCCAGAAUAACCAGCACAAGGGUGGAGAAGAAAAUUCGACAAGCUUGGGCGGAUUAUGACGAUGACAUCAUCACUACAAGCCAUUUCCUGCGAAUUUGUGGAGGUGUCUAUGGCCACACUGAGUAA